CUACCUUCAGCCCCGCCCAGAUACCUGCUGGCUUUGAUAUGCACCAGUCUGACAAGCACACCAUCAGUCAGGUGUGGCAUUGCUCUCCGUGGAGCACAGAUGAGAGCUGAAAGGACUUUUCACAGGACAUUUUGAAGCUAAACUCUUCAGUUAUCCUUGAAGGAAAGUUAAAGGAAUUGCUUGUGGACUACUGAGGGAGCAGCUCGUUAGACAUCAGACCAACACAGUGCCGUGUACUUUGCCAUGAGAUACAACCGGCUCUGAAAGUCUUUACCUCCAUGCAGCGCUUUCCUCCUUACGCUGUUCCAAUGGACCCUCAGGUGUGUCCGCCCCCUCUGAGCAGCAGCCAGUCCAUGAUCAGUGCCCUUGACAAAUCCCCAGCCAGCACUUUCAAACCUGGCCACUCACGGAGCAGUAGUACUGGCUCCUCCAAACAUUCAAAACAGUCUCGUAACUGGGAGGUGUUGGACGAUAUGCAGUAUCAGGAUAUGUGUUCAGUUCCCGGCUCCACUGUGGACCUCAGUAUCCCCGGGAUCUGCGAGGGCUACUUAAUGAAGAGGAGGAAGUACCCGCUCAAAGGCUGGCACAAGAGAUACUUCCUGUUGGAGAAGGGAAUUCUCAAAUACUCAAAGACGCAGCAAGAUAUUCAGAGAGGGAAACUCCACGGCUCUCUGGAUGUCAGCCUGGCUGUCAUGUCCAUCAACAAGAAAUCCAAACGCAUAGACCUGGAUGCUGGAGACAACCUCUACCACCUCAAGGCAAAGAGCCAUGAUCUCUUCUAUAUCUGGCUCACCAAGCUGUGUGCCCACCGUGUGUUCAGGAAAAACGAGGCGAUGAGUGUUCAUCAUGGGGUCCUUCACGCUCUCUCCAUCGGUCAGGGCACCCUGCCAGCCAUGGCAUCUCUCGCCCAGAAAAACAGAGCAACACUUCCUCAAUAUGCCAGCUCAGCGUCAGUGUACCAGCCAGAGAUGGGCAGCCCCGCCCCUGCCAUCACCUCCCACCCAGGAGUGACCAACAAGGUGUCAGCCUGGCUGCAGCAGACCCACGAUAUUGAUGCCACCUCCAACGAUCUGGCUCGCUGUCAGGCAGAGUUGACUGAACUAGCCCAGCUCAUUCAGCGACUCCACUGGCUAGAAGGAGGCCUACCGAUCACAAACACAGAUCUGGAGAUGCGGAUCAGCAUGCAGAAUCUCUCCCUGGAAAAACCUAAGAGGAAGAUGGGAAAACCAGUUGGCCAUGCCAGGACUUUGUCCCGUGUUGAUGGGGGUCUGUUCACUUCCAGCCACCUGAGUACAAACAGCAGCGCUGGUCUGGGGGCGUCGGUUCAGUCGAUCCCCGACUACGUCUACUCUCAGCUAUCCAACCCUCAGGUCACCUCUCCUGAGGCCAAGAAGCUUCACCAGGACAUCUGCACCGCUUCCCAAAGGGUUCAUGCUUCUCUCAAGUCAAUUCAUGAUGUUUUAACCUUGGAGAGAGAGCGAGUGAGGCAGGCCUGGACCGGCCCGGACCUGAGGCAGAACACCUCACACCAGCUCGCUACACUGUGCAGCACACUGUCUGAGCUUGACAUACAGUCACGUCUGACCAAAGUCCACUCGCUUUCCCUGUCCUCUGAUUCUACUGAGGAAUCCUUCUGCACCGUUCGUCCUGACCAGAGGACACCCUCAAUGGGCCGCCACAGUCUCCGUGCGCCCUCAGUGGCGGACUCCAUGGCAGAGUAUUUCGAUGCCAGUGAAGUGAUUGUGUGCGAGACCUCAUCAGAGGCAGAGGCUUCGGAUGAGUCGGGCCUGAGUGACAUCACCACCACCAGCACCUCAGAGCCUGAGGAGGGACACACUGCUGCCACCAUCAACUACCGGGCCAGUCUGAACAGCGCUCCUAACAGGCCGAGCCCAGUACCCACCAACACUGGCCGUCGCACUGCCAUCCCCGCCCCAGGAGCAGACAACAGCCACAUUGGCAUCAUGACCAUCCUGUACAACAACAUUGGCAAGGACCUGUCCAGAGUCUCCAUGCCGAUCGCUCUCAAUGAGCCUGUGUCUUUGCUGCAGAGACUCAGUGAAGAGCUGGAGUACAGUGAGCUGCUGGACAUUGCCAACCACAUCGAGGAUCCGUUUGAGAGAAUGGUUUAUGUGGCAGUGUUCUCCAUCUCUGGAUAUGCCUGGGCAUCCUGGAGGUAUCGCUACAAACCCUUUAACCCUGUGCUGGGAGAAACCUACGAGACUCACAGAGAAGAUAGAGGCUUCCACUACGUCAGUGAGCAGGUCAGCCAUCACCCACCCGUCUCUGCCUGCCAUGCAGAGUCAGAAAACUUCACUUUCUGGCAAGAUCAGAGAUGGAAGUACAAGUUUUGGGGAAAGUCAGUAGAGAUCCUCUCUUCUGGACAAGUCAACGUUACCCUGCCCAAGUACGGUGAUCACUAUGAAUGGAACAAGGCAGUGACAUGUAUCCACAAUGUGCUGAGUCAGCAGCGCUGGAUUGAGCACUAUGGUGAGGUGGUGAUCAGAAACACACAGAGCGACAUCUGCACCUGCAAGAUCACCUUUGUCAAGUCACGCUACUGGAGCUCAGACAACAAUAAGAAUGAGGUGCAGGGUGUGGUUCUAAACCGGGCUGGGGAGGUGGUUCAUAGAUUUGGAGGCCUCUGGCAUGAGGGCAUCUUCUGUGACACCCUGCUUGAACCGAAGUGCAUCUGGAAGCCAAAUGUGCAGCCUGAUGACCACGCUGACUUCUACGGCUUCUCGCGUUAUGCCAGAGAACUAAAUGAAUUGACGCCUGAGCUCAAGGCAGUCCUCCCGCCUACAGACACCCGCUUCAGACCAGACCAGAGGCUCCUGGAGGAGGGGAAGGUAGCUGAGGCAGAAAAAAUGAAGGAAGAGGUGGAGGAGAAGCAGAGGGAGAGGCGGAAGGAGAUGGCAAAGAAUGGGGAGGAGCACAUCCCGAGGUUCUUCAGAAAAACUCUGGAUGAGGCUGGCAGAGAGGUGUGGCUGUCAAAUGACACCUACUGGAAGCUCCGCAAAGACCCAGGCUUCGCCAAGACUGAAAAUCUGGACCUGUGGUAGAACACUGCACCAACUUUACAGAAAACACAUGGUAAUAUGAUGAGGAUGAAUGAUAUGCCCCUCUAUUAGUAAAACUGAUUUAAUUGUACCCAUUUUAGUCUUAUAAUAUGUGCAUAAAUAUACUCCAGAGGUCUGCUGCUGAGCCCUGCUGCCAGCAUGCAGAGGAGAAAAGUGUCUGGAAGCAUAAAUGAACCUCUCGUGUGGUUUUCUGUGCCUUGAAGAGGUGAGGUGCCACUAUGGAACAAAUGAAGACUGAUUGGACAAGGUCAGAUGUCUUUCCAGCCUUUCACCUACCUCUUACCAUGAUGGGGACCUUCAGUGUAAUCAUUGAUUACUCGAAAUUAAAUCUGAACCUGAAAACUAGUUUUAUUGCUCCCCUUGAAAAAAAUGUUUAAAAAUCAAGUUUUCCUGUCAGGAUUGAGGCCUCUCUCUGUAUGUAAAGUGUCUUUUUAUCUGUGGGAUUAUGUUAUACUUUUGUUAGUUUUAACCUGUUUUUAUAAAAAAUGUGUGUGUUUGAGCUCAUUUUUAUGACAUUGUGAUGAGUUUGGAAAUGGUCUGUGACGAUCACUUCAAUUGGAGGGAUCCAGAACACAAGCAGGGUAUAUUCUGGUGCUUGUGAGGUGUGUUCAGGUGAAAUGGUGCUAUCCUACUUGCUUUCUCACUGGGUCUUGCUUGUCAUUGGUUAUAUUCUUGGUGAUACACUGUUUUUUGUGUCCUUGCCCUGGUUGAAUGUCAGUCCUGUUAGCUUUGCAUUUACCUCGCACCUGUAUGAAUUGUCAAUGUUCAAAAUGAGCUGAAAGACUAGGAUUGUGUCUCUUGGAUCUCUCGGUUGAUGCAAUGAAGUGUUUUUAUUGAUGUUUCAACAAUGGAUUUUUCUAAACGAAAAGAGACUGCUGUUAAAACCCCUUGAAUUAAUUUUUUUUUCUUAAUGACUUUGUUUCAAAUUAAAGGUUCCAUAAUCAAA